AACUCGAGCUAGUUCGGCUAACCUCGGCUGGGGAGCGGAGCGGAGUGUGUGCGACACGUCGGGCUGCCAUGCUCUGAAGACGCAGUAAACACACAAAUGACAAGCCGUGAACACGAACACGGCCGUCGUCGCUUUUAAAGGAGAUAGGAGGUGUUUGAUAUUUACCCCGCUGAGGUUUGACCACGUCACUGUGACUUCCCCUCGGCACAUCUUUACACUUUUGGAACAAGUUGCUAUCAGAGGUACCUUGAACAUAAAAUAUCUGUUGCUGCAAGGCUCCAAGAGGAAUAUUUAGAAUAAUCAUGAGUGCCCAUGAUUCAGACGUGCACACCAUCUCCCCGGAGCUGCCAGCGAUGUUCGACGGCAUGAAGCUGGCGGCGGUGGCCACGGUGCUCUACAUCAUCGUCCGCUGCCUGAACCUGAAGAGCCCCACCGCGCCCCCUGACCUCACAUACCAGGACACACCUCUCAACCGCUUCCUCCUCAAGUCGUGUCCUCAGCUGACCAAAGAGUACAUUCCUCCCUUACUGUGGGGUAAGAGCGGUCACCUCCAGACGGCGUUGUACGGCAAACUGGGGCGGGUGAGCUCACCUCACCCCACUGGAAUCAGGAAGUAUUUACCCAUGCAGGACGGAGCGACGGCAACCUUCGACCUGUUUGAGCCGCUGGGGGACCAUCGAACAGGAGAUGACAUCACCAUGGUGAUAUGCCCUGGAAUUGGUAACCAUAGCGAGAAGCACUACAUCCGGACCUUCGUGGAUUACGCACAGAAGGAUGGUUACCGCUGCGCUGUGCUGAACCACCUGGGAGCGCUUCCCAACAUUGAGCUCACCUCUCCACGCAUGUUCACCUAUGGGUGCACGUGGGAGUUUGCGGCCAUGGUUGGCUACAUCAAGCGGGCGUAUCCUCAGACCCAGCUGAUCGUGGUGGGGUUCAGUCUGGGCGGAAACAUCGUGUGUAAGUUCCUGGGCGAGAACAGGACGAACCAGGAGCGAGUGCUGUGUUGUGUCAGCGUCUGUCAGGGGUACAGCGCUCUCAGGGCCCAGGAAACAUUCCUGCAGUGGGAUCAAUUCAGACGCUUUUAUAACUUUCUCAUGGCGGACAACAUGAAGAAAAUCAUCCUCUCACACAGGCACAGUCUGUUUGGUGGAAGUUCAGUUAAAACGAUCGAUACAGAGUUAAGUCGACUGUACACAGCAACGUCCCUAAUGCAGAUCGAUGACAACAUCAUGAGAAAAUUCCACGGCCACAGUUCUCUCAAAGAGUACUACGAGAAGGAGAGUUGUGUACAUUAUAUACACAAUGUAAAUGUGCCACUGCUGCUAGUAAACUCUGCAGAUGAUCCUCUGGUCCAUGACUCACUGCUCACCAUCCCUCGCACACUAUCAGCAAAAAAGCAGAACGUGAUCUUUGCCCUGACGCUCCACGGAGGCCACCUGGGCUUCUUCGAGGGCGCGGUGCUGUUCCCCCAGCCGCUCACCUGGAUGGACAAAGUGAUCGUGGGAUACGCCAACGCCAUCUGCCAGUGGAAGAAACAGAAACCGCCGUGCCAAAGCGGCCAGCUGAGCGAGGGCUCCUGCGUAGAGGAAAAAGCUUAAAACCUUUUAUCUUUCUCAUCCGUUCUCCUCCUCCUCACCCUGUCCGACACCACGUUCCCCACUCUGCACUGAGGAGACACCUUAAACUGCUCUCUCCUCUGCCUUCUCCUGCGGUGCUAAUCACCACAGCCGACCCACACCCCCGCCCCGGUCAUACACCUUCACAGCUCCACCUCCGUAAUCACCGUCACCUUACAGUAUCUGAACAGUGACUAACUGCCUUCGUGCUCUUUUCCGUGGCGAGGACUCAGAGCGGGAACGUUUUCUUUCUCUGCAUCGACACAAUAAUGGCUAAAAGAGGCGCGGACCAAACAUGACCAGACGUUAAGGAAACAGAGACCACCACACAAAAGCACACAAGAAGCCUCCUGUUACAGACCGUGCUGCAUUUCCAGCACCUGUAAGAAGCUCACUGCUUAUCACCGCCAAGGCCAUAAAGCCUCGUCUGCUGUCUGAACCAACACAGCGUCUUUUAGUAUGUGUGUAUGUAUGUAUGUAACUCACAGGUGUAGUGAGUGCGUCUGUGUGAGGCCUUUGUGUUUGGUUGGUGUGAUCCAGAUUCCCCAUUCAUAGUCUCUUGGCCCUUCUAAUGUCUGUUCUUUUGGGUGAAUCAUCGCUCUGGUGUUUGUAGAAAAUGUACAGUAGAAAAAAGAGUAAGCAUUACGGUGGGAUCUUACACUUUAUUUCCAGCUCAUGAAAUCCUCCUGGCACUUCUGUUUCAAGUGUUCAGUGCUUUCCAGACGUGACCAGGGAUCAGCCCCCAGGUGGGAUCGAUGCACAUUCCCACGGUCGCAUUCUAUCACUUUGAUUCAAAGCACUUUACACGCCGUACGCCACAAUCUUCUCCUUUCCUUUAUUUGCUCAUUAGUCGAAGUGCAGGUAGGGAGAUUAGUGACGGUUUAGCUCUCUUUGUGACAGCAAAGAAGAAACUGGAGGGAGCACGGAUGAUAACGAGAAGUUAGAUGACUCGGAUGUUCCCCGUGUCGUGUGUUGUCCGUGUCUUUGAGCCCUCUUACUCGUUCUUCUGCCUUUGAUCAGCUGCAGGUCCAGCCAAGAUAUCCUCCUCUUACUGCACAGAGGCUAAUGCUCCACCCACCUCAUGGGGUCUCCACAUCUUUUGCAUUUUCCUCCAGGCGAUCCUGUGGUGUUGAAACGUUGAGGAUGCAGUCUGCUGAUUGGCCCAUGUGGUGCUAUUAAAGGGAACGUUUAGCUAAUUUUCAGCUUUUUUCUGUCUAUUCUGAGCUGUGAGGUAACGAUGAGUAGGAGGGCUGAAGAUACCAAAGCUAAAUCAGACGUUUAUUUUAGUGGAUUGUUUGUAAAAUACUGGUGAUUGUUUUAUUGUAUAAUUAGAUGGAGACAUGCAAGAGGGAAGACAGAUUUUAAUUCUGGGGAAUAUUUCUGUUUCGAAGACUGUAUUGAAAAGCUUUUCCUAUUUUAUUUUAUUAUUUUUUUGACUGGGCUGAGCGUUUAAAACUGCAGCGAAAGAUCACCACAAACCUGUCUGGAUGAAAUCAUACCGCAAUACUGGGACCUGUGGACUUCUGAAAACCUGAAUUUAAUCGAGAACUUGUUCUAAACCUUGUUGUAAGGGCUUAGGAAGCUUCCAGUCAAGAAAUGUGUCGUCUAAAACCUGCUACUGAACACUGUGAUGAGACACGUGGGUGGUUUGAAAGUGACUGACAACAGAGAGCUUCGUUGGGUUGUGUUUGUAAUACCUGGGUGAUAGUAUUUGUAUAUGGAAGUAGUAGCUGAGGAUAAUUUAUAGCAGGGGUGUCAAAAUCAUUUAAGUUCAGGUUCCACAUUCAGCCCAAUUUGAUCUCAAGUGGACCGGACCAGUAAAAUCACAGCAUAAUAACAUAUAAACAACCACAACUCCUAAUUUUUCCUUUGUUUUAGUGCAAAAAAGUACAUUCUGAAAAUGUUCACAGUUAAGGAAUUAUCUUUCUACAAAACAUUAUAACCAACCUGAAAUUUCUUAAGAAAAAUAAGUUCAAAUUCAGCAAAAUUAUGCUGCAGUUUAUCAUUUACACAUUACAACUUCCAGAUCACAGUUUAUCUACAAAAAGACACAAAACAUUUAGUCACAGGUAUCUGGAAUGGAACAAAAUAGUAUUUUACUUUAAAAAAAGACAAAAAACGACAGAAACCAGACAAAAAUGACCCACAAAGAAUAAAAACGAGAAACAGAAUGACAAAAUAAUGAGAGAAAUGACACAAAAGAAAACAAAAAGUGACAGAAAAGUUACAAAGUGACAAAAAAUGGACAAAUGACAAAAAAGCUGCACAAAACAAUGAAUAAAGCGAAACACAAAAUGACAAAAAUGAGACCAAAAACACAAGCGAGACAAAAAGGAACCAGAAAACGACAAAAACAAGAAAAUAUUACAAAAGAGAUGCCAAAUGUCAAAAGAACAAUGAACAAUGUAGUACUUAUGAUCCAAACAACUUGUCAUGGUCUGGAAAUUGUUUAGAAUUUAUAGUUUUACUAAUUUACAAAUUGCAGUUAAUGUCUUCUGUGUUAUUUUUACACUUUGAGGGCUGGAUUGGACCGUCUGGAGGACCGCUUUUGGCCCACGGGCCGCAUGUUGGACACCCCUGAUUUAUAUAUAAUGGUGCACACUUUAAAUCUAUAGAGAUAUGCAGAAUGUACAAAUCAAUUGGCAUUAGAUUCAAACAUACUUCUUGAAGAACCUAAAUAACGUCUUUGCAUGCGUUCUUUGCAACAUUCUGCCUUAAGAAUAAAAAUCCUGAGCAUUAAAGUUCAUUUUUCAUCUUAGAACUAGGAGCUCAGGUUAAAAUAAGAGUACUGUAAUAGUAAUUCUGAGUCAUUCUUUAGCUCAAGGAUAAUUUCACGAGCACAGUUUAGGGAGAUCAGUUGUUUUUUUUUUUCAGGUGUAAUUGGCUUAAAUUUGACAUAUACUAUGAAAUCCAGGUAUUAAUCUCCUCAAUGCUUGUUUGGCUGAUUCAGAAAAAGAGAUCCACCGUUAUCUUCCUUCAACUCAGGGCCAACACCAAGCACCAGUUUGAUAUCAGCGCCUUCUUUUCACCUCCUCUGAAAUCUGCCUGCUUCACCACGUGGAGCUCAUUAGAAUCAUUUUUACGUACUGUACGGGAAAACGAAGCGAAGACCUGCCGUGGAAUCAGCCUGCCGUGACCGAAACGCGACGUUUUACUACAGCGCUGACGAUGAAGCUGUACUUAAAGUGGCUUGGCGGCGUCCCGACAGAGAUCCGACCCGCUUAAUAACGUGUUCGGCCCUCUUUCUCUGCCAUCAUCCAGCAUCGUUCAAACCACAAAUCACCGUUUCCGAACUCCAGCUGCCAGUCAAACGUCUUUUCAUCCACCCGCAGUCAGAUUAUACGGCUCACCCUGUCCACAGUUCUCGUUUUUUAAAAAGAAUCAGGUGUGGUUUGGGCUCAUUCUGGCACCAGUGACACCAGCACAAACCCAGUUUCUGCAGCCAUUAGUGUUGUUUUUAACAUUUUUUUUGCCUCUCCCCAACUUUGCACAAAAAAUGCAGAUUUGGAUGUAUUAUUUAGAUGUAUUAUUUUCUAGUUGAAUUAUUUUUGGGUAUUAUUCUUUUUGUAUUUUGUAUCGUCGUUAUGACUUUCUUGUGUUGUUUGCUUGUGCAAAUGCAGCAGAGCGUGAUGAGUAAACGCGUAGUAGGUGCAUACUGUCAUAUCACCACCUCUGAUCGACAAAAAAACAAAACUUGUUCACUUUAGCAAUGAAAAAGCAAAACGGAUAUAUAAAGAUCGUGUAUAUUAAAAUAUUAGAGGGACCAGGGGUGAAAAAAAUAAAGGCAAUAAACCAAC